AUGACAAGUUAAGCUUUCUCAUAAAGAGAAUUUGAUGAUCAAGUGGAUAUAACGUAAGAAAGAAGAAGAGUAGAACAGUUUUGGAAUAAAAGAAAAGAGAACUCUAAAUAUGUUCCUAUUGAAUCAUUAAAUAUAGGAGAUAGUAAUAACACAAGAUCGUAUUGCUUACAAAUAGAUGAAUUAGAUAAAAUUUAGCAUUAAAUCACUUAAAGUUAGUCAUAACCAGUAGAAAGGUUAUUGGUUAAAAUUUUCAUUCAUCUUUGCUACAAGAAAGAAAAAAAAGUAUUUGGAAAUACAUAUAAUACAGUAGGACUAGAAUUAAUAGAAACAUAAAAGUAAUCUUAUAAAUUGUCUGAAAAAAAUCGUCCAUCAAUUUACUUCCACACAAGCAUUUAGCCUAAUGAUUAAGUAUAUGCAAUUUUUGACUUCUAAAUACAUGAGAUGGGAGCUAAAGAAAUAUCGUUAAACUAAAAAUAAGUUGGAAUUGCUGAGUUAGAUUUAGCUAAGGAAGGUUAAACCUAGUUAUAAGUAAGGAGAAUGGCAUUUGCAUAGUAUUUCAAUGAGCCAGAUAUGAGCUAAGCUUAAGAUUUAGGAAUAAAAUUUAUAAUUUCAUUAAACCCAUCUUAGUAGUUUGAAAAAGCUAAGCACUUAAUUCCCUAAAUGUUUUUAGUAGACAACAUGCAACACGAAAUUGAAGGUUUAGAAUUAGACUAAGAAACAAACAAACCACAUUUACCCCCUUUUGAUUAACCAGUCUAAUUGAAAUAGUCAUUUACUAUAUUUUUAAAAUAAAUUGAAAUUCAUUUACCUGAAGCUAUUGAAACUGAAAUCCUAAAGAAUGCUUAAUAAAAUUUGAUGAUCACUAAUUCAUCUGGAUAGAUAGCAGAUCCUGUGAACUAAAUGAAAAAUAUUGAUAAACAAGGAUACAAACUUUCUUGCUGCUAUCAUAAUAACAGAACUUGUGUUAACAGAGGUGGUAUUAACAAUAAAUUAAUACUUUUAGAUUCAGGCCGUGUUGAAAGAGAGGAAGAUAAUAAAAAAGUUCCUUACAAAAUCCUUAAAUAUGAUGGAGCGAUGGAGGUAGAUAAUGUAUUUGCUUCAAAAAAUUCCAUGAUUGUUCUUUAACUAGAGUUUAAGGUUAUUUUAAAUACUAGUUAGAGUAGAGUAGACAAAGAUUUUAUUAUAGGAUUUAUACCUAUUUACGUUAGUGACAAAUUUGGUCUAUCAGAUUUUAAACUAUCUGAACCUUUAAUGACGCAAGGAAGCAAAAGUAUAGAUUUAAAAAGUAUGAUAAAAUAUUAGAUCAAAUAUCCUAUUUACUUGUUAACUCGUAUUGAUUUGUCUCAAGCUGUAGGUGGAUUCUCGCCUAGAGAAUCUAUGGUUUCUGACAAACCUAGUUAGAGAAAAAUGGGAAAGAAUUAGUCAUAAGCAUCAUUAGCUGGAAUUCCAUAGUAAGAAGCAGGCCAUGAAACAGCAGUUGUUUAGGAAGAUAAAAAUAAUGAAAUUUUAAAGAGAACUUCUAAACUAUAGGAAAUCAUGAGAGAAAAUUAAGAAAAAGAAAAAGAAUUAGAAGAUUUUUAAAAUCAACUCAAUUAAAUUUAACAAAAAGGUCCUGGAAAUCCAGGUGUAGUAGCAUAAGCUGGCCCUAGAGUUGAUUAUAGCUAAAAUAGAGCUCCUUUGGCAAAUACUAAAGAGUUUUAAGAUAUAGUUUAAUAAUAUGAAACUAAAAUAUCAGAUUUAUAAAAAACAAUUGCAUAAUUAAGAUAAGAUAAUGAAUAAUCUAAAUAAGAAGCACUUAAAGAAUUUUAGGAAAUUAAAAAUUUGAUUGGAGAAAUAAAACGUCCUAGAACUGGUUAUAACACAUUUUAAGAUCCUUUUGCAUAAGAGAGAGCUCAAAAUGAAGUUGUUAUCACAAAUGAAGAUGAUAAAAGAAGAUGGGAAAUAUUAGAAACUCUAGUAACUGUACCUAAAAUGAAAAGUAACUAUAAGAAUUAAUAGGCUUUUACUUUAAAACCUUAAUCUGGUGCUGAAGAGAUCUCAAAUGUAGACAAAGUUUACUUGGUAAAUAAGGGUGUUAGAGGUCUACUAGACGAUACAGUAUAAGUCGGUGGAGAAGAUGAUUUUAUAGAUGAUGUUGAUUUAGUCAAUGAGUAUAGAGAUUAGUUAUAAGCUUCUUUGUUCUCUAUCAAAUUAGUUGCGUUUAAAGCACAAAUAAGUAAUUUUGAAGAUCGUGAUUAAGUUAAAAGAGACUCAAUAUUCAGUGAAAAUUAUUAUGUUCCUGAAAAAAUGUAUUUUACUUUUAAUUUCUUUGAAUUUGAUGAAGUUUAAACAGAGCCUUAUUCCUAUUAAGAUGCUGGCUAAAUUACAGCUAUGAAGAAAAUAUUGACUGAUAAUAAACCAAUAGUGUUAGAAACAACAUCAUACUUAUUCAAUAAAAUCGGGCCUCAAUAAAAGAGUUAUAAUUUUAGCAUAGAUCCCUCUCGCUUUUAUCCAAAUGUCCAUAAAAAUUUUGUUGAUUACCUUUUCAGAAAAUCUAUUCAUGUUGAUAUUUGGGAUGCAGACAAUCUUUUCUUGUAUGGGUCAGUAAAAAUACCAUUAAGAUCUUUGCUAAGGAGAUAAAGACAAUCUGUAGAAAAGCAAUUAACUGUACCUAUCAUAGAUAGUGAUUUUACUAGAGAAAGGGGUAAAUUGAUUGUUUUCUUAACAAACAAAGGCUUCGAACCAUCAUUAUAAGAAAUUAACCAAACUAUCCCUUUAAAUAAAACGCUCUAAAGUACAUAAGGAGCAGGAGGAUUCUACAAAUCUCAAAACAACUUUAAUCAGACAGGCAUGUCAAAUAUCAGUAAUUUAAAUAGUACAGUUGGGCACAAAAAGAAAGUAAAAUCUUAUGAUCCAAUAAGCUUUGAAAUGGCUGCUAAAGAAAGUUAGUUACAGACUACUUUAAAGAGCAACUUUGAAUUUGCUAACGAUCCUGAGUCAAGACAAAGAGAAAGAAUUAGAAGGUUCAAAAUAAAAAAUUUACAAACUGAAAAAGGAGAAGAUGCAGACAUAGCUAGAUACAUAUCAAAGCAAGAGGAAUAAUUAAAAAAAAUUCAUGAUGUUUAAGUUCUCAAAGAAGUUAAAAAAGGAAAUUAUAUAAAAAAUGUUUUAUCUUAACUGUUAUCAUAAGAAUAUGUAUCAGAUGUGCAGUUUGGAACAACUGAAUAUAUAUAACAUACUGUUGUUAACACAGGGUAUGAAACAGAAAAUUUCUAAAUAAGAAUUGAUGAUCCUGAUUUAGGUUGGUUAGGCAUAAACGAAUUAAAUCCUGUAGUUUAACCUGAAGAAUGGAAAAUGAUAUUAGAAGCUGAAAAUAUAUAGGGACCAAAAGAUACAAAUAUAAUAGAAAAGGAAAGAAUGAGCUUUUUAUUGUAAAAAGGCCAGAGCAUCACUUUAAUUUUUAGAUUUUUAUCUUACAGAGAAAUAGAUCCAUAAAUUCAACAAGUUGUUAAUUUAGAAGAAUAUUUAAGAUCUUAACAUGUUGAAUACCAUAAGAAAUUUAUUAAUGAAAGAGUAAUUAAUGUAAGCAUAAGCAGUUCUGGAUCAGUUAGCGAAAAUCAAGGUUUUAAGCUAAGAGUUAGACCUCAUAGAUAGGUUGUUGAUCACGUUUUUAGAUAUUAUGAAAGAGGAAAUAAAUAAGUUUAGCUUAUAUUACCAGCUUUAUAUUCAUAAGGUUAUUACUCUGAGGCAAGUAUUUAAUAGAAGCCCUCAUUAUAAUGCACUAAUGAAAAUGUUCUAUUUGAAUGGCUAGGUGAUAAUGAGAUUAGUCUCCAAAUGAGAGUUCCUUCUGUUUAAAAAAUAACUAGAUUUAACUUACUAGCAUAUAGAGACACUUUCUUCAAAGAUCUUUUAGCAAAUUGGCAAAUAGAAGUUCAUUCAUUAGAAGGAGUUGAUAUUAAGAUAGAUAUGGGAUUGUCAAAAAAGACUAAUUUAACUUUAGAUUCAGAUGGAACUAGAUUAGUUAGAUUUUAUUCUUCUCAUCCUCUAUGUGCUUGGUUUGAUAAGCCUUUCGAUUAACCAUGCACAGUCUCCAAAGGAAAAGUUAAUUUAGUUGGUUUAACAAUGAGAAGCUUCUCGCUUAUGAGAUAAAAAGUAUAAGUUAAUUGUGUUGAUUAAAGCACUCGGGAAUUACUAUAUUCCUGGUUGGUAAGAAUUGAAACAGAUAAACCCGUUGUAUCCAAAAUGUAUGAUCUCAAAAUACCAGUCAAUAAAGAAUCACAUAUCCAGAAAUUUAGCUUUUAAAAUAGAUCAGGAACUGAAAGCACAUUCUUUAUUGAAUCUUCUCAAAUAGAUGUUCUUUAAAUUGUCGAACCAAAAAUUUUCCUAGGUGUAGGUGAAAAAACCUAAAUAAAGAUAAGAAUAGCAAGAUAAGAACAACCCGGUAUUGCAGAAGUAUUUGUUUUCAUCACAAAUAUAGAUGAAAAAAUGGAGUGCAUUCUAUUUAAAUUGCAUUUUACAGUCAAUAAAUGA